GCUUGGUAGAGGAGAGAGCAAGCAGCAGCAAAAUGGCAGGGGACAAAAAAACGUUGAGAUCGUUCUUCCUCGAGCUAGAUUGAAGACGAGCCAGGUGUUCCUUGGCAGGUCAUGAACUUCUGCUGGCAGGCCCUAUGGCUCAUGAGGCCUCUAGAAGUCUAGAAGCUGUAAGGAGAGAGCAGCAAAGGCGAUCAGCAGAUCUACUGCGUCCCAAACUUCUCCCAGAAGGAAGACAGUUAAGCUGCUUCAGCCCACAUCCUCCCCCCGUGCAGCCACGUCCAUACCAACUGCGGCAGCACUUUCUCCACAUGCUCGAUGUCCACCUUCGCCAGGUCCUCGGCCUGUGCCUGCCGUGCUGCCCGUGCCGCCGCUUCUGCCGUGCAGAGAAGGUGCGGUCAGAGGGGCCGCGGAGGAAGACGCGGCCCCACGGGCCCUGCUCCCUGCAGGAGACUGAUCACCGACCCGCACGGAGCAGAAUCGCGGCUAGGGGUGGCGAGCCGAAAGCUCGGAGAUAGCUGAGGUGGUGGUGUCCUCUCGACCCCGUAACGCGCCGCUAUGGCGGCUCAGGCAGACCCCGAUCCCGGCACCGGGAGAAGGUGCUGCACGCUCACCUCGGACGAAGACCUUCAGCAUCUCCGCCAUCAGCAGCUGCGCGUCGCCGUUAACUGCAACGACAAAGUACUUAUGGGAGACGGGAGCCCGCGGCCCUCUGCCCGGGCCCGCCCGCCGCCGCCGCCGCGGUACCUCGGGUCCUGCUGUCGCGGAAGUGGAGGCGGAGCAGCCGGUCCACGGUCUCCUGCGCGGGAAGGGGAGCUGGUGAGCGGGGCGAGGCAGAGCAGCCCGCGGCCCGAACCCCCCGCCCGGUCCCGCCGCACCUUUUUGAAACCGUCUUCCCGCUCCUCCAUGGCGCCGCCGCUGCCCGCCUCCCGGAAGCGCGCGCCGCGCGGGGGCGUGGCCGCCUCCGCCGUUCCGUUGGCGUCAGCGCCGCGUGCGGCCGGUACCGGUACCGCGGCGGCAGCCAUGGAGGAGUUCCGGCAGGCCUACGCGCGGCUGUGCGCGGCGCCGCAGGAGGCUGUGUUGCGGAGGCUGCGGGAGCGCGGAGCGGCACCGGGCCGCGGCUGCCUGGACCUGGCGGCUCAGAGCCUCUCGCUGGAGACGUGCGGAGCGCUCGGCCGGCUGCUGCCUGGCGCCGCGCCCUUCACCGAGCUGGUGCUCGGUGACUGCGGCUUGAGCGAGGAAGGUGUAAAACUUCUGUUGCACGGUCUUUGCUCCAACAGCACAGUCAAGUCUUUGGAUCUGAAGGGCAAUAACCUGCGAACUGUGGGAGCUGAGGCAUUGGGAAAACUUCUCCAGCAGAACAGAUCCAUCAGGAGCUUAAUCUUGGAAUGGAACAACCUUGGCGUGUGGAAGGAGGGUUUCUCCCUUUUCUGCCAAGGACUGGAAGCAAACAACGUUCUCCAGCGGCUAGAUCUACGCAAUAACCAGAUCAAUCAUCAAGGGGCUGGAGAGCUGGCCAUGGCACUGAAAGAAAAUGCCUGCCUUCAGGAGCUGGAUUUGCGUUGGAAUAAUAUUGGGCUUCUGGGUGGCCGAGCUUUGCUGAACUGCCUAUGCAGCAACAAGACCCUGAAGAAGCUGGAGCUGGCAGGGAACAACGUUCCUAGUGACAUCCUGAAAGCUGUGGAACAAGCCGUGGAUCACAACCGAGACCGUGCAACUAUCCUGAGUGAGAUCCAGAACCGUACUCACAUACUCACCAAGGAAGUUUUGAGUCUGAAGGAUGAGAAGACCAGGCAGUUUUUGGAUAUGAUGGACACUAUAGAUAGGCAGAAAGAAGAAAUAACCAAAAGUGGCAGGGUAUCUGCAGCACGACUCUGCCAGCUUCAGGAAGCACUGGAUGAGCAGCACUCCAUUAUGAAUUCACUGAAGGCCAAGCUGCAGAUGACUGAAGCUGCCCUGACUCUGUCUGAGCAGAAGGCAAACAAUUUGAAAGAGCAGCUGAAAGUUGUAAAACAGGAACAAGCCAGCAUGGCUGAGCGCCACUCAAAGGAGCUCCAGCAGCAAAAGCAGGAAGGUGCUGCUCGGGAGGACAAGCUUUUGCGUGACUUGUCUGCUGCCAGUGAGAAAAAUCUGCUUCUAAGAAACCAGGUGGACGAGUUGGAGAGGAAAUGCAAAGUUCAGCAGGAUCAGCUAUUCCAGUUAAAACAAGACUUGACCAACACAACAGCAGAGCUGAAGCUGCGGGCUGUGCAGGCUGAGGAACGCCUGGAAAUGGAGAAGAAGAGAUUUAAACAAAGCCUGGAAGAUGUAGAAUCCCUUCGGGUAAAAGAGGUGGAUCACAUGACACAGCACAUUGAAACCAGUGAACGUUCCAUGCAGGACAGGAUCCAGAGGCUGGAGGCCAUCAGGAUAGCUCUGGAAGAGGAGCUGAGCCAAGUCAAAGCAGCUGCACUCACUGAGCGAGGCCAGGCAGAGGAGCAGUUGAUAAAAGUCCGGAAUCAGACACGGCUGGAGGAGCAGCAGCGAUUUGAACACCUAGAAGAGAAGCUGCGGAUGAUGACUGAGGCACGGGAUGAAGCUCAGAACUGUUGUCUUAAGCAAAAACAAAUGGUUGCUGAUGCCCAAGCCAAAGCCAAUCAGCUGAGCCUGCAAGCUGAUGGUCUCAGAAGGCGGUUAGAGGAACUUCAGCAGGACCUGAACAGUAAGGAGGAGGAGAAAGUGACAGAGGUGAAUAAAGUGAAAGUGGAAUUACAGGAGCAGAUUGGACACCUGCAGGCUGAACGCACAGCACAGGAUGGGCUGAGAGAGAAGAUUGCAGCCCUGGAGAGGCAGCUUAAAGCACUAUCAAGUAAUCACCGUGAGGCACUGCUGGACAAGGAAGGGGAAAUCUCUAUACUGAUGGAGAAGCUGAGAAUACGAGAGGCUGACAUCUCCAGGAUGAAGGAAGAAGAGGCCCAGCGAGCAAGUUUCUUGCAGAAUGCCAUCAUGACAUAUGUGCAGGGCUCCCCCUUGGGAACUCACAGUUCUAGGAAAUGAGAGUGUGGCUUAAAGGAUCCAGAUACCUGCUGUCAGGAAAAGGGUGAGCAACUCAGGUACAGCACCUUCUUUCUAAAUGGGAUAGCAUUGUCAGAGUGGGGCGACACAAAGGCUUGCAAACACAGAAUGCUGCUUUCGCUCUUCAGAAAUCUUGCUCCUGAGCACAUAAAGGAGAGAAAGAAGUAAUUGACCCCAGCUGGGAGAGAGGCUCAUGAGUCUGAAUUCACGAUGUGGAGCCCUUCCCCUGCACUGCUACCCAUUUGAGCUAGUUUCUGUGUUCUUUUGUACAGCUCCAGUCUGUCAGCACACCGUGUUCUUACAGGGGGCUGUAUGCUCCCUGGGCAGUUCUCCUGCUGAGCCAUUUGUUGGGGUGCUGGGACUUUUCACAGUGGAAUGACAGGCAGCAGUGUUACAGUUCCCUCAUUUACCUUGCUUUUGGGGUCCUGAAGCCACUGGAAACACCAGUUCUGACCCCUCUGUGCUUUUAUAUCCAGUGCUUAUAGAUGGAAUGACUGGUUGCAGGCUUAUACUGGCUCUUUUGCCAUGGCUAUAGUGAUGGCAGUAGAUAUGCUUUCAUUAUGAAUAGAAAUGACUAUGCAGGGGCCACUGCUGUGCAGUGACCACCCAUAUCCUCAGAGAACAGAUGGGCUUUGGCCAUGCUUCAAGCCUCUAUAACACCAACUGGUGUAGCAUGGAUGGGGUGAGACAGUGAGGGAUCAGCAUCUGUGCUUUCUCACUGUGAACUGCAGCUCUUAGCUGGAUUUCUUGUGGCCAAAUUGCGACAGGAUUUCGCUCCACAAAUGGCAGGUGUGUUCUGCUGGCUUCUCAGGAUCCUGGAGUUGAGUCCUGUUUUCUGAACCUUACCCUGAUUAGGAGCAGUGCUUCUGACUUGCCCCUGGUGUGCUGCUUCUCAGAGCACAAAGGGAAGAGAGUGCAUCCUUUUCCUGGCAAAACAAGUUCUCGUAUGGCAUGGAGAAAGGGAAGGGACAUGAGGGUCUGAACUGAAGAAAGUAGAGAGCUCAAUCAGGACAGCAGUAAGAGAGCCUCCUGUUUGUUUCUCCAGUGAGUCUGUGAUGGGAAAAAUGGACUUGCAGUACGUAAUUUAAGAGGCAACAGGAAAAAGAAAUAUUGUGUGGAUUGACCGUUUUCUGUUCAUGUUUUUUCAUAAUGAAUUUUGCUCUUCUUUUUUAAUAAAGAUAUUUUGCAUUUUGCUGUAA